GAACAGCAGGACCAGCCUUCCUCAGGACCCUGUCCACCUGUCUUUAUCUUGGGUGGACACUGGAUCAAAGUUGCCUUUCUCACAAGCUCUGAGGUUCAUAAUUCACUAAAAUUUUAUCAACAUGAACAGAUGAGAACUGUUCUAUCCACCUGGCAAGCUGGGAAAAACAAACUUGAAAGGAGCAUUACACAUCCAGAAAACAUCAAACCUACCUUCAGUAUUAGAGGAGAAAAAUGCUUCUUGCAUUGAUUAUCAAACUGUUUCAGAAGAUGUGACCUAAAUUAGGUCGACAGCAGAGCUGAAGAGUUUCUAUGCACGCACCUUCUGGCAACUUUGCUUGAGCACCACAUCACUGCAGAGGGGCACGCGGUGGUUACAAGUCCUUGCUCCACCCUAGGGUCACCUGGAGGUUUUUCCAUUUGCUUGCCUCUGGCUGUGCCUUCCCUGUGCUCCUUAAUUCCAGCUGAUACAUCAUCACAAAUGUGCCCUUUUUGCUGUCGGUCAACACCAAAAACACCCCACUUGAGGGUGGCUGUGGAAAGGAAACUUCUGACUGGGACCAUCAGAGAGGCUCCGUGCAGCAGUGACGUGACUCCUCUGCGGUGGCACGGGCAGGGCCUGCUGCACACAGCAUUCCAACCUCGGAUCGGUGCAGGUGGCAGCUCCUGCCUGCGAGGUGCAGGGCUUAGCAGGGAAGUAAAGACGUGUAACAGCUACUGUGACAAAGAACACUUUGAACUCUUUUUACAAUCUAAGUCGUUCCUCUGCCCCCUCUACAGUCUCUGGUUGCUGGAUCACAACCCUUUGCAUUUGGUGCCGAGAAUUCAAUUGAAUGCCAUUUACUGUCACAUGUUUGAGUAGACUGCAUGCUUUCCUUGUGUGCUGGGCUAUGAGUAGAUACAUUUCACCCCCCAUUUGGAAUAUACUUAAGCAUUGCAAAUAGGCAGUGAGCAUUAGAUGCUCCAAUGAGUGGAUAAAGUGUUGUUGUUAAAUACUUCUUUUCAGGACAUUUGAUGAAAGGACUGUACCAAGUCUCUGCCACAUAAGGAUGUAAUGUAUAAUAUAAAAUGAUUACAGAUGUUAGGAUUUCUAUAGAAGCCAUUAGCUCAUUUAGAGCAGCUGUUAAGGCAUGAAGGCAUUUUGACGGUAAUUGGGUCUUAGGUCCCACAAAAGCUGCUAGUACUUUAGUAAAGAUAAAUAUUGACUAAGGGUUGCAAACAGGCAAAAGUCAGCCUGGUAAAAACGAUCCCAAAAGAAGCUCAAGAGUGAGUGAAUGGCUUUCACUCUUAGUGGUGUUUUGUUUAACCCUCAGACUAGUGGUGCUUUAUGUAAAUAACAAAGGGCACUAAAAGCACUAAAAAUGGACAUGAAGCAUAACCAAAACCCACUCUUUACUAGUUGAGCCUCUGAGCAAAGCAGUAGGUGUGUGUAUCAUUCUGCUCUCACCUUUGCAGGAACUCGAAUGUUUUCCUUUGUGUCUCAGUGGAGGCUGGCAUUGCAAGUACCUUAGUGUGUGUCAGAAUAGCUGUGAAGCAGGUAGAUAGUCCUGUUGGAGAAAAAGCCUUGGAGUAGGUAAAGGCUUAGUCAGAUUUUUUUGCCUGUGAAGAUUUAUUGCUUGAUUAUAAGUUGCACUGUGGUGAUUGAUUCCCAUGGCUCUUCUAACCCUCUAUAUCUAAACUCUGUGAUUUUUGACAUUUUCUGUUCAUGACUAGAGGACCUGAGAGUUCUGUACCUUUCUGGAAGCUACUUGUGUCCUACAGAGGUAGAAGCUUGCCUGUUUGUGUUGGUCAUUUACCUCAAAAAUGACAUGUAGGCUCUCAGGAACAUGAAUCCUCUUGGUCUACUGUGGUUAUCAGCAUCUUGCAGGAAGAACUGAUUCCUUUCAGUCCCCUAAGGAAAUAUCCUUUGUGACAUUUUCUUAUAGUGCAAUUACUCUAUCCUCUCCCUAAAAUGAGUUCAUUCUGGUUUCUCUAUUACUUUUAGUGAUUUUUGCACAGUAACAGUGCUGCUGUCUACCCCUGCCCUAAGCAUAGGAGAGGGAAGGGCUAGGGAGCUUUGAUUGCACAUUAAUUAGUAAGCUUUUGUGUGUGGGAGAGAGAGAUGGGGAAGGGUUACCUUGGGUAUAUGAAACUGCCAAAAUGAAGAUUUGUGACAUUGCCAAUGGAUGGAAAGACAAAAACCUGCACUUUGGAGUUUUAUUUUUGAGGAAUCUCAUUCUGAUUGUGAAAUGGCAGUGGGAAGUCUCUGAAUGGAAGAUGAGGAAUCAGGUACUGUCAGUCCAUUUCCUACCUCUGCAUGAGCAGGGUGACAGUGUGCUGGUCCCACAUCCCCUGGUGCCUCGACACCUUCCUGUAAAAUGGGAGCUAUUGAAUUUGCCACUAAAUGCUAAAUUUUACCAUGUAUGUAAAAAUUGGGGACCCUCCGAGAAAAGCAAAGCAUUCAACCCCAUAUGCCCCACUGUGCCCUCAAGAGUGCCAGUGGUGGCAUCCUGAGGAGCAGUCUAGAGCUGGAGUAGGGAAUGGGGCUACUGAGGAAAAGGGUCCUCUCCCAGCUCCAGACCAUCUUGUCAUGGCAGCUGCAAAGGUAGGGGCUGGAGUAUAGCAUUCUCCUCCCUGCUUUGCUUUUGAAAACUUUUUCUUCCCCCCCACCCCCAAAAUCUCAUGUUUUAUCCUGCUGGACCAAAGUUUGAGUGUGUCCCGCUCCAUGAAUGUCCUGAGGAUGACAGGUCCCUCUGUCCCGCGGCUGUGCAGCAGGGGCACAGCACUCAGGUCUUUGGGAGCUGAUUGUGCCACAGCUCCUGGGGCACACUGAGCCUGAGCAGGGAGCUCCCAGCCAUCAUCUGUCUUUAACCUUCCUGCAGUGCCGGGUGCCUGUUUCUGCCUCCAUGUUCCCAACCCAGGGCACAGGGCAGCCCUGGCAGGGUCUCCUGGGCAGUGACAGGGCCCUCUGGCACAAGAGUCAGUGAGACAGGGCCACUGCAGGGCUGGCUUUGGGAAAGAAUGAGUUCAGGGACUGACCAGGCUGCUGACAGGUCCUAGAGCAGCCACAAAGGAGUAACCUUCUGGCUUUGCUGACAAGACAAAAUGGAGUUUGAUGACUUUUUGAGUUUUUUAAAUAGUAUGCAGGAUAGUGUUUGAAUUAGUGAUUUCUGUCGAGCAAGGUGAUAAUUAAGGGAAUGAGUCUCCAUGUACAGUCUAGAAGAUGAUUUGGUAAUGUCCAGCAAGACUAAUGUGUAUGUUGGGGUAUGCUUAUUCUGUCUGUAGGUCUUUGACACCAUCCUUUUCAGGUAGAUGGACCUAAAAUUCACAGUUUUCAAAUAAGGAUUUAGUUUCAGUGUUGUUUGGAGAUGAUAUAGUAACCAUUUAAAAGUAAUUUAAAAGUAAUGGUUGUGACUAUGUUUUGGCUGUAGAAGACACCAGGUCUCAGGUAAAUCCAUGCCGUAGCAGCCCUUGCUGCUGGCCCAGUGCCUGGCUGUGCUCCCUGGGCCUGGGCUGGUCACACCUGCCCUCCAGGCUGAGGGUUUGCCUGGGCUCUCCUCCCUCUGCUCUGCUGCUCUUCUGUGAAACUUCAGAAACUUCACAUCCUCAAAACUGCUCACUCAGGUGUGGGUGGGCUGCAGAGUCCUUCCUUCCUGGCACCAAUGGCAAACAGGGACAGGCAGUUGCACAAGACACAAGUCUUGCUUUUAGUAAACCAGGCUAAAAUAGAAUCAGGCCUGAUCCUCUCCUCUCACCUCUCACCCCACCAGGUGGAGAAUCAGACCAAUGGUCGUUGUCUUGAACGCAAACAGCUGCAGCCAAACCACAUCUGGCUUUUCUCGCCAGCAACAGCAAAGCUCUGUGUGCGUCUUAUGUUCUGGUCGUGUGUGAUAAGAAGCCAUUUUAUUAUCUAUGAUUUUCUUAGAGUCUUGAUAUUUCAAACAGGAUUGAGUAUGAGAAAGGCCAUGUAAUUCCUUUCCAAAAAUACUCAAAGAUUCAGAUAUAUGUAUAAUUAGAAAUAUAUAAGAAAAAAGAUCCAAAAUGUGUAUUUCUUCUUGCAGCUGGACUGAAAGAGCUGCUAAGAUUUCCUCCCCCCACUUGAGAAUUGGUACAGUUUGUUUUUCUUACAUGAUUUCCAUGGUGUUGAUAAUGAUGUAUUUGUAUAUUGUGACUGAUGAGAGAUAAUCAGACAGGGAAAGAGCACAGAAUUACCUGUCCUUUUUUCCAGUCAAGACAGAAUGUACGAAUUUAUUACAAGAAAAAAAGUGUGCAAAAGAACUUCCUGUAAUUAGGCCAUUCUGACCUGUGUAGAACCACACUUUGUUUGAAAUUUAUAAAAAUUAUAACUAGUACAAAACCCUGUGGUUGAUGUCUCUAUAUGAAGCAACAAGUAAAAUGAGAUUUUUUUCUAUUUGAGAUAAAUGAAUAUCAGUAAAGGCACAUCAUCAGAGCUGAAAAAAUCUACACAUUUGUCCAAUAUAACUUUAAUUUGUCCAACACGUGUCACAAAAGGCACAGUAGUUUUUUUUUUCUUUUACCCAUCUCCCUUAGUCAUGUUCUGAGUCACUGAGACUCUUAGGAGAGUGCAAAGAUUCACGCAGACAGCUCAGAGGAAGUUGUAAGUGACUUUAUAAUAGUUACCCCUGAGAUGCCUGCAUGCCUUUGGCUACCAGUGCUUAUUAGGGAGUGCUAAUUGAUCCAAAUACAAGUUGUGGAUCAUGUAGCAAGGCAAGCUGGUAAAAGUGAGAAUGUAGAAACACAAUGCAAAUAGAGCAAGAUGAACUGAUUUCAUGCAGUAUCCAGAUUUCUGGGGCAAACUUCACCUCACUCGACUUUUGAAGUCAGUGGUGUCACCAUGUUCCUGCAGUGAGUAUUGGUAUGAGAAAAAGAAGAAAUAGGAGCACACCAGCCGCCGGUGUGGGGGUUGCUUCAUUCUCUGCCCCAAGCAGGCUCCUGCCAAAUGCCCAGGGCAGGGAAUGCACACGUGGGCAGGAGUGGGUGACGCUCUCCUGCCGCUCAUCCCGGCCCCGCACGCCGGGACCGCCCCGGCCGGAGGAGCUGUGCAGGAGCCCUUCGUGGGGCAGAGGUGUUUGGAUGCAGCACUAACAGUGACCCCCCGGCCAAUCCACCUUGGACGAGAGCCCGUCUGGGGCUCUGCUCGGCCCUGUCUCACUUUCAGCAGGUGCACUGUGGAGACGGCCACACCUCUCCCUUCUGUGCCUUAACAUAAAAGACGGAGUUUGGCCUUCAAGAAAGUACUUUCUAAAGAACGCAGGACAGGCACUGAUUUACAGGGUGUAACCCUCUGCUGGGGCACUUUGCACCAGGUUAUCAGAGCGGGAGGGAGAUGCAAGAAGCUUUCCCUAGCCUUUAAGAGCCCCAGGUCCCAGGUGCAGAGUGAGCCUGUCCUCCCAGUCAGCCCAGCAGUCUUUUCUCUUUCCACUUUCUCUCCUAACCAUCAUUUAUUUCCUUCUGCGUCAGUUUACAGACGAGAGGUAUCGGUCUCCCCCUCUCUCUCCACCUCCUUCUCAGCCAUGUGACUGAGCACUCCCUGCAUCAAGUGAAACUUUUCAGUCCGCAGGAAAGCUCGGUUUCCUGCGCAGCCGCUCCCCGGGGAGAAGCAGCACCUCUCACGCCCGCAGCCAUGCUGGCCAUGGGGAGGAGCGCACGGCAGCUCAUCUCGCUGACCCUCGCCUGUGCAUUUUCCUCCUGCUUUGCUGAAGCGGCCCUGGGGGUCGAACUGUCUCCAGAAACCACAUCCUUCCACCAAAUGGCUACUUCUGCUCAGCCACUUUCCCUUUUUCAUUCUUCACCCCAUCAAAGCACCACAGCUCAUUUUAACAGCACAGGCCAUCUUCAAACAACACCCAUGAGCCACAGAACAACUGUGCAGACAACAGAGCAGCUCCAGACUGCAGCAGCUCCAGGCCAGCACACAGCAGCCCAAGGAGGAGCAGGCACCAUAUCCACGACACCCGCAGACACCACCAGCAUAGCCAGCCAGACCACAGCCCCGGCAAUGCUCUCGGUUACAGCUGCAGUGAAGAACACAACCAGCCCUUCUGUGUUCUCCACCAGGCAUGGGAGCAGACCACAUGUGACCACAGGAAUGACAGCAGUGGCCACCAACACCUCCCUGAAACACGAGACAGCAAGUACCCAGGGGACAGCUGCCACCACCGCCUCUGCAGCCACCACCACGCAGAAGGGCAGGUGCAGCACGCGCUCUCGGAGACAAACAACAGCCACGGCUGCCACCAGCACGACAACCACCCAUGGAGGGACACAAACAGCCCCCACAUCCCCUGCCAGGACAGCGAGACCCUGGCCCGGCCCGCAGCCCUCUCCCAUCCCCACAGGCACCUACACCCUUUCCGAUGGGAACAUGACCUGCGUCAAAGCUGUCAUGGGUCUGCAGCUGAUGGCUCGAAAUACACAACAGGAGCAGAUGGAGUAUGUGACUGUCAACCCCAAUGCGACACGGGUAUCUGGAAGCUGUGGGAUGGUGCAGUCUGAGCUGAACUUAACUUUUAGUGGAGGAUUUGUAAACUUCACUUUUGUAAAGCAAGCUCCAAGUUACUCUGUCACUAAAAUUGAGAGCAGAAUACAGUUUUCUUCUGAAGCUAUGCUUUACUAUGCAGCCCUAAAUGAGAAGCUGUUCACAACAAAGCUGGGGAAUUCCUUUAAAUGUGCCAGCAGGCAAACCUUCACCUUGGAGAGGAACUUCCAGAUCCUCUUUGUUCAUAUGCAGCUGCAGGCGUUUGACAUUGUCGGUAACCAGUUUGGAAAAGAAGAAGAAUGUUUUUUUGAUAGAAACAGCAAAGCAGCUCCCAUUGCAGUGUGCCUGAGUAUCCUGGGAUUGUUUGUCAUUGUGCUUGCCACCUUCCUGAUCUCCAGAAGAAAGCCACGUAGAGGAUACGAACGCAUCUGAGGUGCGCUUGUACUUCCAAAUGUGUGCAGCAAGCAGAGAAGUCACAGAAGUUUUUGUUUCUGCCUGGCAAUCUCCCUGCCCUGAAGCCAUAUUUUUAAGUGAGAUGACACCAUGUGUUUACAGCUAAUGAAUGUUUCUGGAAGGAGUUUCUUUAAGGUGGGAAGGACUUUCUACUUUAGGCUAUUCUUAGCAUCUAAUUUAGAUGUAUUCCAGAUGACAAAAAUGAGGACCCAAUUUCUCUGUGUUAUCAACAAAGGAGGUCAUUCAGAUCACCUAAGCCAGAUUCCUAAAAAUAGCUUAAAGCAAGCAGGAUCACUAUCCCCCAGAAAAUCCAUCAGGUUUGUUAAUGACAGUGUUUAGAUUUAUUAAAAUAUAGAAGUCUGAUCUUCAGGUGAAUAAACCAGAGGCCCACAGCUACAGACAGCCCUGCUAAGUAAGAGCUCACUGAAAGCUUUUUUAGGAACACGGUGCACGCCAAAAUCUCAGGUGAAGUGUCAGUGUGACUCCACUCACAAGCAAGUUCUCACCAGUCCUACAACACAGUCACACUUCCUAAGUGCUUGGGGUUUUCUUACUAAGCCCUUUGCAAAGACACAGUGGUAAUUGUGACUCUUAUGCUGGAGCUUAAUAUAUCAUGGUCUUGUGAGAGCUCAGGAAUCCCUCAUAUCCUGUUCAGACAUGGACCCGUCACAGUGACCACAAUGAGCCCAGGAAAUGCCUCUCUACUGGGGCAGCAUGGUGGUCUCUUAAUCCAGGAAGAUGCCACACUCACUGGAAAUGCCUGGGAUUAAGUAACCACCAUUGGGGCAGACCUGCACAAGGUCCAUGAGGAAUGGAAAUCCACUGAUUCUGUAUGGUCAAGGCUUCUGUGGGAAAUAAAAGCUUGCACAGGCCUUGGACAAACUCAGCUCAAAAGUGAGUGCUCUCCAGUGUGCUCACAGCUGAGCAGCUGGGUUUUCAUAUGGAAUUAAUGUGGAGUUGCUUUAAAGCACACUGAUACACUCUGUAGUCUAUUUCCUGCUAAACCAAUGAUGAAGGCAUGAGAACAGUAAUUGCUUUUGAGAUUUAAGUCCAGCUCACGUUCUUCGUUGUAACAAGGAAAAGCUACUUGUCACAGAAGAUUUACAAAGCUGAACAUAGGCACAAAUGUGCACAUAAACACACACAUACACGUGCACAUGCCACACAAUCUGCUCACUGAAGCAAAUUACAUCAAGAUGAUAAGAAAUUAUGUAUAAAAACAUUUGCAAAUUUGCAAAAGAGAAGAUCAUAUUAAAUAAGAGCACAUUUCCCCCAAGAAGUUAGGGUAAUGGCUUAAAUUUUACUAAUAAAAGUUUGGUCUGGAAAAGGACUGUGGAAGGGCACUCAUUAAACAAAAGAAAGACUGAAUUCAUAUGCAAAAAUGCCUUGACAAUUUAAUCUUUAUCUAAGCAAAAGUGGAAAUGCUGGGAGCUAAUUUAAUUUCCAUGAAUAGUGGCCCAAAUUCUGCGCAGUUAUCAAUGGUGAUGGAACCUCAGUGGAUUUUCACUCUGUAAAACUGAUGGUUAUGUCUUGUCAGAUAUUCCCUUAAGUAUUUUAAAAAUACUUUUGAUAUUUUACUAGUAUUUAACCAUUGCAAGUUUACUUAUUUAAAUGUAGAAAGAAAAGAAAUCCUUCCAUUCCAUGAAUUAAUUAGAGAUGUUGGUCUGUGUGAAGUAGGAAAUAUGGCCAUACUGUCCUAUAAUCAAUAUAAUAUGUAGCAGUGGAAGUAAUUAACAUUCUCUAGAAAUGUUCCCUUUGAGUCUGAAUGAACCAAUAAAUAAGAAAGAUAAAGACAAUUUUGAAGCACUUUUACACUUGGAGAAACAUGAGAACGAACCAGCUGUGAGCACAGGAACAGCUGAAUACGUUUAUAAGGUGAAACGGCACAAGAAAUGGGACACCAAACUUUCAAACCUUGAAUACAGACACAGUGAUUUGAACUAUAUUCAGUUGAAUACUCAAAUUGAAAUGUAAGUAUUUCAAUUACUGUUUUGUAAAGGGCUCCAGCACUGUUCAUAAUGGUUAGUGAGCUUUAUCAAGCUCAUUUUCCCUUCCUCCUUCCCCCCUUAGCAGACAAGCAGCCACUGGACUCAGAUCUUGGGCCUAAUAAGAUCCCUCUAAUUCUCAGGGUUACUUAAUACUAUGAAUCUGUUGUAUAGAAAGCAGAUUUUUAUACUCAAUUAAAGCAUUCACUUUUUUUAAAAAAAUGGGAUGUCUGGGAGGAAAGGUAAAUGUAUGAAGAGCUUCCAUUUGAAAAUGAGCCUGUGCCUGCAGUAGGGAUGUCACUGUCCCAGACUGCUACAUGUGGACAUUUUAACAACAAAAGCUGCCUAAAAAGCUCAGCACAUGGUCUGACCCUAAGCUAUUCUGCCCAGGGAUCAAUAGACAUCUUCCCCUUGUCAAAGGCAGGUCCCAUUUCACACGUUCUUUGGACUGUUCAGUUGCGUGAUCUGUGUUACUUCUACUGGCACGGAUACAGCAUUUGCUUGUUCUGUUCUGAAAAUUUGCUUUAUGUUAAUAUUCAGUCUUUUAAAAAAGUUUGAUAUCAGCAUGAGGACAGAAAGGAGUUACUAAUGACUGCUAAUUCUGUGUUUAAUAUUGUGACGCCUGGCAUUUUCACCAGUGAUGCACAAUUAAUGUUUUUCCCCAUAGUUUUUUUUCUUUCUACAGGGAAUCAACCUGUUGAUAUUGAACAAUGUUUGGAUUCAGAUUUACCUGAUUUGUUCUUAUGCUUUUUCUUGCUAUUUUUUGUUUGCUAUUUUUAUGAAGCUGCAUUCUGCCAUCUGUACAUGAACGAUACUCUGGGCUUGCUCUAACUGGCACAGGUGAAGUGCACGUGGUGCAAACCAAUGAAACAACUGGAUGCUCCCAGGAAAUGCUGCCAACAUGCAGCAAAAUUCAUCCAAUGGAGUUAGUGCUUGAUAGUAGUAAAGUAUCCAUUGGAGAACUCAUUACUGCAUCAGGAGAUCCCAGCCUGGAAGUGCACCAUUUUCCCAGCUGUGGCCCAGCCUGCCUCCUGUCACCUCCAUCCCUGAUCCCAAAACCCAACCAGCCUGCAGCAGGGAUGUGUGUCAGCACAGCAGCAUAGCAAGGAGUAUUGCGUCUUCAAAUUCAACGCUGAAUUAGAAUCAGACAGCCCAGCUGCUCCCUGAGCUGCCAUGUGCAGCUUUAAAAGCCAAUGCCUGUAUUUAUUUUCUGCCAGAAUUUAGGAAUAUAUUUAGCUGGUACUUUUUUAUCUAAUGGAGUGGUUUUGAGGUCUUCCUCUCAUUGGGAAGACUCUAGAGGGGUAAUUGGUCUUGGGUGUUGCUAGACUUGCUCUUUUAAACUUCUUGUCUGAAGAAACAUCUUGAGCAAAAAGUCCCUAAAAGAACACCAUACAAAAAGAGGAUAUUUGGUAAACUACUUGCACGCUAGGUGGGCCAUAGCGGUUAUACUGUGGGUAGCAGGGCAGUUUUGUCUGCUGUGGGAGGAGACAAGGCUGCAGCUGGGUCCCAGAGUGACUCAGCAGCCCCAGCUCACUUCUUUCCCCAGUUGCAGACUCAGAUCAAUCCAACCUUGAACCAGAAGGUGCUGAUCAGGAUGAUGUGGUGCAUUGAUGGUGUGAUGCAUCCACCAGGGAAGCAAAGCUUAACUUCUGUGCAAGCAUGUGCUGGUCAGGAGGCAGUGGGGCCAUCCCAGGGACUAGGACGUGGGCACAUCCUCACAUCUCCAUAUCCUGAGGGCUCCCUGGUCCUCUGUUGCAGCUCUCAUGCCAGACCAUCCCUUGUGAUCUCUCAUACACCCAAGACAGAAUGGGUGCAUCCCCAGAGCACGAUGAUGUCACACUUAGACAAGUCACUGAGGAGUUUAUAAAGCAAGGUUUAAUUUCUUUCAGUCCAUUUUGUUCUCUGAUGGACAAGCCCAAGUUAAGAAACACCUGUUAAUUCAGUUGAAAGUGGAAGGGAGAUUAGAUUGGCAUCUUGAGUGUCUGAACGUGGCUUGGCUGAUCACUUCCAGCUUGCUAUAAUGUAUAGCUGCUAAAAAUAACUUGCUAUGAGAAGAAAGAUAUGCUCUUUAUUUUUCUAUUAUUGGUGUUUCUAUAAUAAAGGCUGUAUUUAGUCAUUA